AGCAAACAAGGCAAUGAUCUAUGUAGGCGUUGAUCGCGGGAAAUUGAAAAUUGCCCAGUAACCGCAAAAUAUACGAGGGAAUCAAUAAUGGCUAGUAAGAAAAAAGCAGAGGAAGAGAAGUUACGUCGUAGACGUUUGGCACGAUUUCGCUUCAAAGCUUUGAUCAGAUUGGUCAUUUGCAAUAAUUACUGGCUUUCUGAUAUCGAAGAGCAAGAGAUUGGAGAGAAUGCUCGUCGGAACAUAGCUUUAAUUAUUCGACGCAAGGGCAAAAAAGGAUUGCUGACGCUUUUCGAAAAAGCUAUUCUCAAUCAGCGCGCAGAAGAUAGAACCCCGGAGCAAAUUUUGAAACUAAAUGAAGUGUUCCGUAAGCUUGAGUGCCUUUCUCGAUUUCCGGCCAAAAUUCGGGAACAGUUGGCGAGAUGUGCCCGGUACUCCUAUUACAAUGCUGGUCGGACUUUACUCCGCCAAGGACAUCAACCACAGGCGGUUUAUUUUGUUCUGGACGGAGAAAUCACUGUUAGCCGGGUGCAGUGGGAUCCGAUUUACAAACAGCACGUGGAUGUACCUUAUGGGGUUCGAGUGCCGGGGGAAAUGUUUGGUGAGAUAGCUUUCCUGUACGGAUGCCCUCGGAGUACUACCUGUGUAACGGCCACUGACUGUGAGCUGCUGUGUGUUCAGCAGGACGAUUUUGAGCGGCUACUUGAGCCAACCCUGCGGCUGCAAUGGAACCAGAUGAUGGAGGCGCUUCGACGCUUCCAGUACUUUGACCAUUGGAGUGAGGAUCAGAUUCGAGAAUGCUGUAUCCUCGCAAAAGUGAAUGAUUUCAAACCCCAGCAGCAGAUUGCGGUAUGUGGCACAGGCGCAAAUUUCGAGUAUACCUAUUUUGUUCUCAGCGGACAGUGCAUGAUACUGCAGUGCUUGAAGGUCAAGAAAAAAAUGAAAGGACGGCGAGAGUGCUACCAUCUUCUUCCGGCAGAAUCGGACGAGAAGCAGCGGAGCAUUGCCGAACGUUUGAUACAACGGAAAGACUCGGAAGUGCUAAUCUCAACGUUGCCAACCAAUCUGCGAGCUUCUCUGCUCGAGUCCGCAUCCGGGUUGCAAAAUCGAGAUGAUGAAGAUGCUCCACAGGAACAAGUUGAACAUCACUUCAUAGAUGUUGGAUCCUACAGUUGCGGUUCGGUGUUUGGACUAGGAGAACGAAUGGAGGAUCGCACGAUUGUCGCCCGAAAUCACGUGCAAUGUAUGCUCAUCCCACGGUAUUGGCUAUUCAUGAAACAUCAGAAUACUGGAAAUGUUUGGCAGCGCAUCAAAAUGUAUCUGGAAAUGGCAAUCCCUAGCCGAGAGCGAAUAUUCAAGCAGUUUUUAGAUGACCUAAACUGGCUGGCCUAUCGGAAGAAAUUGGUCACCGAAAUCGUCCAGCGACGCGGUCGACAGAAUCAUACCCGACUGAUCGAUGUACCUAUUGUAUGCCGGGUGGAGCAGGGUAGAGGACCAAAUUGAUUUGGAUUGCCAUUACAUGUACAACACAUCAUCACAAAAUUAUGCAAUCAAAUAUCGAAUCACAUGAAUGCGAACUUUGACUAAUUGUUGUUUAUUUUUAAUGUUUGUAGCCUCUCGUGGGAAGCAUGCCUACGCGGUGUGCGCGAAUGAUUUAGACGUCUUCAAAACAUACUGAUGAGCACUGAAGUGUGCCAGACAUCGCAAUGCAGUGAACAAUAAACUUUGAUUCAUGCUCAUGCUGAAUAAGAUGCGGGAAGGUUUUAAUUACAUCACCUUAUCCAUAGGUCGCGGCGACAAUAUCUCGGUGUAUGGAUUGUAUUUUUACUCAUAACUUUUCCAAUUUAAUCGGUUCAUCUGAAAAUCAUUGCUUUUGGCAUUAUUUCCAAAUUGGUCUUAAUUUUUUUUUACAAGAGUGGGAGAAUGUUUUAGUAAACUUAUAUGUAGUUGGCUAGUGAAAGCUUGUUAAAGUUAUGGUCACUCAGGCAAAAUUGGAGCUUCACGGACAACUUUCGUCUUAAAUGCUAUCCAGCUGUUCAGUGUAAAAUUUGCUGGUGAAACCGAAUUUCAAUGCAUUUGAGAUAGAUCGAAUACAAGUAAACUUCAGAUUUGGUAAA